AUGUCAGAUCAAUUGACCCCUACUAUAGUGAAAAACGGUUUAGAAGAAUAUACCCUUGAUGCAGAAGAUGUAUCAAAAAGAAAAAACAUCAACAACAAAGAAAUUUGUAUUGAUUUUGUUGUCGAAUCAGUAUAUUUAAACUUGAAAUAUUUCCUGAAUUGGCAAAAUGUUAAAAUAUAUAAAAUAUGCAAUUCCAAUGUAAAUAUAUUAUCUGGGCUUAAUACUGCGUUAGGAAAAGAAGAUGCUGCUCCACAGAGAGAGUAUGUUUUCCCUGUCCAUAUUAAAAGCAAAAAAGUUACUGAUGCUAUAUUAUAUCAAAUCUAUACAGAGAUAGCCCCUGUCAAUUUUUUCCAUUUGGGUAUAUUAAGUGAAGAUGGUACUGUUGUUUAUUAUAGGGUACAUAAGGGUUUGCAAAAACCUCAAAAAUGA